UUCUUCAUUUGUUGUCUCAUCGGAAAAUGAAGCGAAGCGUUGCUCUUAACGGCCUUGAAUUGUGGAUAUAUUUUUGCGGAUGGACUGGCGGAAUAAUCAUCGGAAUGUAUCAUCUUUACCUGCAUUCUAGUUCAUACUUUAGGUAUUACGAUGAUGUUUAUGGAGACUUUAGUCCCGGAUGGAAAUGGAUUGGUGGUAAGCGCGAUACCGCCGACCCGGAAUGGAGGAUCUGGAUUCCGCUGUUAUAUAGGAUUUUACCUUGGGCUUGCGUUCAAAUUUUCAUUGGGCAAAUAGUUAAAUAUUUCUUCAGUUCUACGCUAUUGUGCUGUUGGUACAUUGUUAUAAGUUUGACGUUUCUCUGGUCAUUUGUCGGGUCACCAGCCAUAAUCUUCUUGUUAAUUCAUCCGACUCUGGCAUGGCUCCUUGUGCCUCUUCGAAGCAAAAUUAUACUAUGGACACUUCAUGUAUCCUGUUUGGUCGUACUGAAUGCUGUAAAAAGUACAGAUUGUAUCGUGCAAAAAUGGUUGGAACUUGACGAAGAUGAAUAUAACGUAUUGACAGUCGCCCUGGCUUGGAUGCAAUUGAAAAGCAUUGGUUUCAGCUUUGACAAUAUGGCUAAAUAUCGGUGCAAAAGUUUUGACGAAUCCUUUGAAGAAUUCGUACAGAUAUUAGCCUACUGUCUUUAUCUACCCACACUGUUUCUUGGUCAGUUGAUAUUGUACAACGAUUUUGUCAACGGGAUCAACACAUUGUACGAGAAAUGGACAUUCAAGAGGGUCACGUCGUUUAUUCUUGGCUUAUUUCGAUAUCUUUUUUGGAUACUUUUCACAGAGUUUUCCCUACACUUUCUGUAUAUUAAUAUACUUCACUUUCACUCCGAGUUGUUACAUAGCUUCAAUAGCUGGGCACUAUAUGGUUUCGGAUAUUGCAUGGGACAGUACUUCUUGAACAAAUAUGUUGUGGUAUAUGGAUUCUCAAGCGUGAUCGCACGCGCUGAAAAUAUUGCAGAUCUGUACACUCCUAAAUGUAUCGCUAGAAUUCACUUGUAUUCUGAUAUGUGGAAGUAUUUUGACAGAGGGUUGCACAACUUUCUUCUCAGGUAUAUUUACUUACCAGUUGCUGGUACAAAAUCUGCAUUGCAAAAAGUCUUUGCAUCAUUUCUCUGUUUUUCACUUGUGUAUGUCUGGCAUGGCACGCAAAUGUUUAUACUCACGUGGUCGGUUUUGAAUUUUAUUGGAGUAACAAUAGAAAGUUUGGCAAGGACAAUUGGAAGCACUAAAAUAUACAUAGAGACUCAGAGAAAAUUCAUGGGGCCAACGAAUGCAAGACGUUUUCAUUGUAUGUUGGCAAGUCCGUUGCUAGCAAUGUCAGCAAUCUCCAAUUUUUAUUUCUUUGGCGGUCAGGAGAUUGGGAAUAUAUUUGUGCGCAGGAUACUUGGCGAUUCGUGGAAAAGCUUCGUUACAUUGUUGUCUGUUUUGUAUUGUUGCUGUCAGUUGUCAACGGAGUUGAAAAUAAGAGAUACUAAAAAAUCACAACCUGUGAAGAGUGAUUAAGGAAACAUGCAAGUUAAUGUCAUUAUCUGUUUAUUUCAAGAGAAGAUAAUGUACAUCAUAUGUGACAAAUAAAUUAAGUAUCUUAUAAUA